UACUUCCGGGGAAGCCUUUAUGUUGAAAUGAUUGUAGCUGGCUACUAUGAUGUAUCAUCUUUAGUUGAUAGUAAUACGCUUGAAAGGCGAUGUUGACUUAUUUAAUUGUGCUUGUAUUGGCGUGUUUAUCUGCACUUAUUGUUCCAUAUGAGUGGGCAGCUAUUUAUGGGGAUUCUGUGUGGGGGUUUCUCUCACUUGGAGCAUCAUAUGCACCUGUCCAGAUGAUAAGGAAAAGUGAGCUUUCAAAAUACAACGGAGAAGUCAACAGUCCAGGGUUAUACGUGGCAAUUUUGGGACAGGUGUUUGAUGUGAAUAAAGGACAAAAACAUUACGGCCCGGGUGGAGGUUAUCAUUUUUUCUCAGGGAAAGAUGCAUCCCGGGCGUUUGUGACUGGGGAUUUUACAGAGGCUGGACUGACUGAUGAUGUGUCUGACAUCUCCCCCCCUCAAAUUGUGGCACUGUUUGACUGGCUGGCUUUUUAUCAAAAGGAUUACAUUCUAGUUGGUAAAGUGGAGGGCCAUUUCUACGGCACUGAUGGGGAGCCCACAGAGGCCCUGCGUCAGGCGGAGGCGGCCUUAGAGGAGGGCCUGCAGCUCAAGGCCCAGGCUCAGGCCCACAGCCAGCAGUACCCAGCCUGCAACACAGAGUGGAGCUCCUCGGGGGGGCGCGUCUGGUGCUCCCAAAAGAGUGGUGGUGUGAAAAGAGACUGGGUUGGCAUACCAAGGAAGCUCUUCUCCCCCGGGUCCAGCCGCUCUCGCUGUGUGUGCGUGCAGCUGGAUGACUCCAACCGCCUGAACAAACCCAACCUGCAAGAGUACCACGGCUGCCCAGCCGAGGCAGAGUCCUGCUUUGUCAGGGAACACUGAGCUCACGUUGCACUCACAAAUAAGAGUACCUCAUAACCAAAUCGAAUCUUCUGGAAGUUUUUCUCAUGAUUACAAAUAAUUGUUAUGGUAUGUUCCAAAGGUUUCACAAAGGUUAUUUAAAGAAGCAUUACGGAAUUCUGGUCUAAAACUAGCAAGCUUCUUACCUAAAAAGCAUGCAAAACCCCUGCAAACACUUCCAACAGCCCACUGAUGAAAGCUUGCUAACAUGCUAACUGGCGAUGUGAUGCUGUGAAGACUUUUCUGACAUUUCUGCGGAGUGUUCUGAUCUGAACCACAGAACAACAUUGCCUGGACGACCAGUGGGAAUUAUGUGUGUAUCUGUCCUUCACAUGACAAUAUUCCAUCAAAACUAAUUUGAAGAUUACAUCCAAAAUAGUUACUCAUAAAAGCAUAAAUAAACAAACAUAAAAGUAGCAAAUUGUUGCAUAGUGUUGCUUUAAUACACUGACUUUAGUUAGGUGAAGCAAAAAGUAGAUUUUUAAUUUUUUUUUAUUCUCAUGACCUGUUUGUGACCUGCUGACCUGUUACCCUCUCUUUCUUCAAAAUGACUGUAGGGGGAGCUUCACUGUCUGUAGUGUAUUAAACAUCAGGGUAUUCCAACAGUUGAA